GACAGACAAACUCAUGUUUCUUACACAAAAGCAACUCGUCCCAAACAGCAAAUCCAUGGCUCCUAUGGUGCAACCUCUUCCUACAAGUUUAUCGGAUGAGAAAUACGCGAAUGUGAAGUGGGAAGAAUUAGGAUUCGGAUUUUAUCGUACGGACAACAUGUAUGUUGCAAAGUGCAAGCAUGGAGAGAGUUUCCAAGAGGGAAGUAUUGUUCCUUACGCUGAUUUUCAGAUCAGCCCUUGCUCUGCUGUUCUUAAUUAUGGCCAGGGUUUAUAUGAAGGGCUGAAGGCUUACAGGACAGAAGAUGGCCGUAUUAUGCUAUUCCGACCAGACCAAAAUGCUCUCCGCCUUCAAUCAGGAGCCCACAGACUUUGUAUGCCUUACCCCACUGUCGAUCAGUUCGUCUCCGCUGUCAAACAAGUUGUUCUUGCGAACCAGAAAUGGAUUCCUCCUCCGGGGAAGGGAACAUUGUAUAUCAGACCUAUCUUGUUUGGUAGUGGUCCUAUACUUGGCUCGCUUCCGGUCCCCGAAUACACUUUCACAGUGUUUGCAUGUCCCGUUGGUCGUUUUCACAAGGAUAACGCGGGGCUGAACCUGAAAAUUGAAGAUAAGUUUCGUCGUGCUUUCCCAAGUGGAACCGGUGGUGUGAAAAGUAUCACAAACUAUUCUCCUGUUUGGAUAACAUUAGCAGAGGCAAAAGCUCAAGGAUUCUCUGAUGUUUUGUUCUUGGACGCUGCAACUGGAAAAAACGUUGAAGAGCUUUUCGCUUCUAACGUUUUCAUUGUCAAGGGAAAUGUUGUAUCGACUCCAGAAAUUUCAGGAACUAUAUUGCCCGGAGUCACACGAAAAAGUAUCAUCGAAUUAACCCGUGAUUUCGGCUACAAGGUUGAGGAACGUGUUGUACCUGUUGAGGAUCUUCUUGAUGCGGAAGAAGUUUUCUGCACUGGCACUGCUGCAAUUGUGACAACUAUUGCGUCCGUAACCUUCAAGGACAUAAAAACCGGAUUCAAAACAGGAGAUAAAACAUUGGCUGCGAAGCUCUUUGCGACGUUAACGGAUAUCCAGACAGGUAGGGUCAAGGACAAUAAGGGGUGGACGGUGGAGUUGACUGAUGCCACCACACCAGGGUCAACUUUGACGUUGUAACUUGAUAAAUUAUAUAAGAAACAUCAUAAGAUGUCUCAAGAUCUUUGUGUUUAUCAUGUUAUAUCAUGUUCUUGUAUUAUAGAAAGUUGAUAAGCAACAUUAUAAAUAAACUCUCAUGGUGUUGUGUGAUCCUUGCAGACUUAUUAGAACAGCGGGAAUACUCGGGACGUAAUUUAUACAUUUUUAGGUAUAAUACAAUAAUUUUAUAUAUUAUAUAACAUUAAUAUGUAUUUCUAUGUAUUAUAUAACAUUAACAUAUAUAUAAUAUAUUAUUUUUAAGGUUCAUAGAUACCAAACUAUAGAUUAUAAACAUAAUUAUAGAAACCAAAACGGUUUGAAAUCCUGCAAUUUCUCGCCACGAUUCUUGUGGUUGAUGAUGAUUUUCGAUAAAAAAAGGUUUUUAUCACUUGAUACUACCCACGAUGUCCAUUAUCCCCACGAAGGAACCCACUUUUCCUCGUGAUGUAGUAGUUACAGAGAAGUUUAC